AUGGCAGAAUCAACUUGUGAGAUUCGACAUGGUACAACGUUGACAAAACUUCUCAUGAAAACCUCUUUGAUCAUUUGGGAUGAAACACCAAUGGCACAUAAAUUUUGUUUUGAAUCUUUGGACAGAAGUUUGCGAGAUCUAUAUACAACAAGAUUUCCCAAUAGCAAUGAAAAACCUUUUGGUGGACUWAUUGUUGUUUGUGGUGGGGAUUUUCGUCAAAUUUUGCCCGUUGUUCCAAAAGGAACUAAAGGUGAUAUCAUUGAUGCUUCUCUCAGUUCAUCCUACUUAUGGCCAUAUUUCAACGUUCUUAAGCUUAACCAAAAUAUAAGGCUAUAUGCUAGAGAUAUACCAGAAUCUGAAGCUUGUAAAAUAGAUUCUAUUGACAAGCGGUUGUUGCAGCUAGGAGAUGGUUCUCUGUACGAUGACAUUCAAAGAGAGUUGAUCAAACUUCCAUCUGAUAUCGCCCUAAGCCAAUGGGAGGACCCAAUUCAAUGCAUGAUUCAAGCUGUGUAUCCAUCGUUGUUGGAUAAUUUUGGCAACCCUACAUAUCUGAAAGAAAGAGCGAUAUUGACACCAAAAAAUGAAAUGGUUCAUGAUUUGAACAACAUAAUUAUGAACAUGCUACCAGGAGAAGGUGUCAACUACCUCAAUUCAGACAAUGUGUGCAAAGCUAAGUGUACAAACUAA